AUGCGCGAAUUUGCUGUUGCGACGUUCGUUCCUCACGCUGGGCAAAACAUCACAUCCCCCACCUCCGCCGCGAUCACCACAGGCGGGCUAGCGCCCGUCUCUGAGCAGCCGCAGGUCGCGCUCGUAGGGGCGACGGCGGUGCAGCGCAUCGGGCAGCGCAACCUCAUCGGCAUCAUCGUCGCCGCCGUGCUCGUCUUCCUCGGGCUCGUGCUCUGGCUCUCGUUCGGCCGCUGGCCGCGCGCGGGCAUGCGGCGGAUCCGGGCGCGGCUCGCGCGCGGGGAUAAGCGCGCCGCCAAGAGCGCUGCGAGCGGGGCAGGCGGAGGCGGAGGCGGGGCUGGGGGAGACUCGGACGAGAGCUUCGGGUCGGCGCCGGGACAUGAGCGGGACGACAAGCGAGGGGACGGCGCGGGCGAGGUGAUACGGCAGUGUGAGUCGCCGCUGCCUGCGGCGAUAGAAGAACUGGACAGUUUGGACAGGGACGGCGGGGGGACGGACUCGCGGCACGUACGGUUCGCAUGA